AUGCCUGGCAGCCUGAAUCCCAGCCUCCUGUCUCUGCAGAACAAGAACUACAAGGCAGUUUGCCUGGAAUUGAAGCCAGAGCUGAUCAGAGUAAGAAGCUUGUUUGAGGCCAUACCGGCAGCCAGGCCUGAGACGCAUGAGGAGACAUAUGACUACAAAGGAGCUAAACAAGAAGGGCCAUUUACCAAACCAGGAGGGACAAAGGAGCUAAAGAAUGAACUCAGGGAGGUGAGGGAAGAGCUCAAGGAAAAAAUGAAGGAGAUAAAACAGAUAAAAGAUGUAAUGGACCAGGAAUUUGGAAAACUCCAGGAAUUUGUGGAGAUUAUAAAGGAAAUGCAAAAGGAUGUGGAUGAGGAGAUGGAUGUUUUAAUAAAUAUACAGAAGAAUAGCAAGCGGAGAGGACCAAAGGAGCAGCAAGAACUCAGGCUGAUAGGAAAGAUGGACACAGACCCACAGAUCCGGCGGAAGAAAAUGGAUGGAGCUGAUGGAGUACCACUUGCCCUUCACAAAAAGAUGACGGCACUACAACAACCAAAAAAAGAUCCAAUGGAUUCCCUUCACCAAUGUGAUACCUGCUGUGUAAUGAAGCCCUCCCUGCCCCUGCCCCAGUGUUACACCCCUGGGUUUCUGUUCCCCCCGACCUCCCCUGGGCUCUCUCACUCUCUUACCUCUUGCUGUAAAGCACUGGUUCCACUCCUCUCCUGGCCCCAGGAUGCCUCCCUAGUCUUGAGUCCUCUCUGGGGUCUUGCCCUAUAGGCCUGGGGUGAUUCCGAAGCCAUGACCAAGUAGGACUCCACCCUGGAUGCACCUGUUCCCAAGUGCAACGGUAUUGUUCUGUCCUUUCCUAUAGCAAGACCUGAUGAGGUGCCCAGCAGCCUGGCCAUCUUGGACCAGGGAAAAAUGAUCUUUCUGGUGCCGCUUCUGUCCUCCACAGGAGAAAUGUUUGUUGUGUGCCCCCAAAGAACAACUACAAUCAGCGGUAGGUAGAUCCAUGGAAGCCCCUUAUCUCAAUCUGGUGCCCCGUCCUCCCAAAGGCAGUGUGCUCAGGGGUGCAUUCCCAUCAAAUCUCACCCGUGGUUAUGGUUAUGCAGGCUCUGCCCCACAUCACAUCCACUCAGCCUUAGAGGACGUGGCACACGAAGGAGGACUUGCUUAGCCCAGCCUGGAGGCUGCUGCCUAGAGGCCCCCGUGGAGUGGAGGGUGCCUUGCCAGUUGCUGAGCUGACCUUGCCACAGGCUCCUGACUUUCUCCCUAUAUAACAGGCAACUUCCAUACCAGGCCUGGGCAUCCUUUUCACCCUCGGCAUCUGGACGUGCUUUCUGAUUUAUCUGUGCUUCAAGUCCUGUGUGACUGAGGACGUAGUUCCAACUUAGUGUCACCGCAGGACCUAUGAGCGGCUCCGGUUCAGCCUCUCCCCACUCCUUGAGCUGCACAGCAAAUGCUUGCUGCCCUCUUGCAUACCACCCUGCCCUUGUCUCCCUCUACCCAGAGAGUAAAAUCUUCAUUUAAAGCCAAA